AUGCAAUUCGAGCUGUACUGGUCCCAGCCCCAGAUGCGCGCUCGUCUGCAUCCGCACUUGCGACUGGACAACCCCAUGCUAUUCAUUCCGUCGACAAGGUUCACCAAGGCCGUGGCGACUCCAGUGUCCUGUACAUCCCCGCCUGUCCUGUCACCGAAGCCAACGCGCAGUACGUUCGACGGCAAGACGAGGACCUUUCUGGCUGGUGUGCCUUCGUCGGACUUCCCCGGGGUUAAGGGUGAAAGCAAACAGAUCGGCCGCACGACGAGAGACCAAUUGGCUCAAUUGGCUCAGUUUACCAACGAACAGGGCCUGAGAUCGUUGCGACUGGAGAAGGGGAAUGCCCCGGAGAGCAACCUCAAACAAGGCCAGCGUGCUGUGUGGACGAAGGGAAAUGAGAUUCUGGGUCUGUGA